AUGACUGUGCCCAAAGUCAAGUCUCGCGCCCAGCUCCGUAGCCAGGCGAAGUCGCGAAGAACCAGCAAGAAGCACCACGUCGAGAAGCCGAAAGCAAAACAAACAAACAGCGAUGCGCAGAGCCCUACAAAAGCACCAAAAGCCCCUGUUACCACGGACGGUUCAGAAGCAGCCCGUAGCGCUACGGAUGAGCAAGAUCACGAGACGAGCGGUACCUGCGAGAGCGGUAAUCGAGAUGAAUCAGGCGAUGAUGGUAUCUCUGCUAUCCCGUGCGGUUCUGGCGCGCCAACGGAAUUUGAAGAUGAGGAUGACGACCCGCCUGCCUCUCUUCUAAACCUGGCGCCUAUUUGGUAUCCUCCGCCAGACUGGUCUUGGCCGGACACUCUGCCAGCGGCAACGGAAACUACAUUAGGUGACUCUCCUGUCGCUGAACUUGCUACAGCGGGCCCUUCUCAGUUGUCAGAGGAGACUACAGCAGAUGCAUCAUCGGGGGUGGCAGUUGCUACACCAGACUCACCGUCGACAGGGCCAGAUGCGACGGUCGCAGUAGCAUCCGCAUCAACAGUAGUUACAGCACAACCAGCAUCAGCGGCAACAACCACUACGGCAGACCCAUCUUCAGUGUCGACAGUCGCUCCAGCAAUUCUGACUCCAGUUGUGGCGGUCACUGCAACAGAUCGCACUCCAGCGGUAGCCAUCACUGCAGCAACUUUGGCUCAGGUAUCGACGGGAAGCUCAAGAAAGCCCUCUCUUGGCGCAUGGCACAAUUGGGUCGUCGAACUCUUUGCGGGACGCAAACCAGUCUCGCCUAAGAAUGACGAUGUCAGCAAUACACCACCGCCCGUCUCGAUCAUAUCCUGGACUAGAGAGGAUCGCGACUCUGACGCAGCGCUUCCAUUGCCUUCCCAACCCCACCUUGAAUUGAGAUAUCUCAUCCCUGCGACCUUUGACAAGCGGAUGAGACUGAACUAUCAUUCCAACAUUCACCCCGCGCCCCAACAUGACUCUGUCGGCAAGGUCGCGACCCAUGAAGACGCAUCCCCCACGAACAACGUACAGCGCGGCUUCGUCGUAGCAAACCGGCCUGCUUCAGCCCCAUCUCCACCACGCCGCGACAUUGAUCAUUACAGCAGUCUGCUAGCUCGUGACGACACCAACUGGGCGGAGUGGAACAAGUUGAAUAUUACUGCAGACGCCAUGCCCUUCACACGGUCGCAGUCGGACACCCAGUUGCUGCAUCCUCAGACCGGAGCGAAGAUGGCACGGGCAAACGGUCACCUGACUAAGAGCCAGACUGGUCAUGCUUUUCUAGAAGAUGCCGGCCACCGGUAUCCAUUUGGCCAGGGACCGGGCUGGUAG